GUUGAGAAGAAAAUCAAGUAUGUGACGUUGAAAGUUUUAUUUUCCACCAUUCGGAAAACGGAAGGCAGAAACAAGGAAAAAUUUUGUCCGAGAAAUUAAUCAAUUUCCCAACAGUUAAAUCUGGCCUUCUAACUUCCGAUUGCUUAGCGAAGAACAUCAGUGAGAUAGUUUUGCAGAAAAAAAGCGAUUUCAAUACGGUGCAAUAUGUCGUGAAAAGUGAAUGGAAAGAAAGCAGUGAUUCGCCCCGAUACGCUGUACUGCGAAGGAAUCUCAUUUGCAAGUUUUUCGUUUUUGUGCUGCUCAUCACCCUCCUUAAGUUGUAGAGGACCAUCCUCUUCGGAAAAAUCUGAAGCACAAUGGUGCUAAACCCAAUUCGCUGCAUCGGUUAGGAGUUUCCCAAAGCGAUGAUAUUUAGCACAAAGAAAGAAAUCCAUACAUUUUGCGAUACUUUCCAGAUUAUAGAAAAUAUUCGCUCAAUAGAAUGAAAAUUCCAGCAGUUAAAUCUCAUCAAGUUUGAAGGAGAAACAUCAGCAAUGGUGGAGUGCUUCGUGCACCGCACAUAGAUGGAAGAAAGGAUUAUUGGCUAUGCGAGUAGUGAAGGUGGAAAUGUGUAGUUAACAGCAGAAGCUUAGUGCUUCAAAAUCUUUUUUCUGCUUUUCUUCCUUGAAAAUAAAAGACGUGAGUGAGCGGGUGAAGAGAAAAGGAAGUAAAAUUAAGUGAGUUAUAUCGCCUCGCUGUGAGGUAGCAUGAAAUUUGAUAAUUAUUCAAGUAUUUUCUUCGCCGUUAAUCGAUAUUUCUAAUCUUCGUCAACACACAACGGCAUUGUUGUUACUAGUUUCGGUGACACUCCUGUUAGUUCGCGAAUUCUAUGUGCCAGUAGAGGAAGCAGUUGCGUGUCACAAAUGCCGAUAUGUGGGCGUUGUUAGUGGUACAGCGAGUUCGGUUCACCUAGACAAUAAGGAUAUGUCUUCUAUGGAGGAUUGCUCUGAAUACAGCAAUUCUCAUCACCAUCCGCAGCAACAACAACAACAACAACAACAACACCAUCGACAUGGCAACCAACAGCAACAGCAGCAUCACCAAGCAAAGCUAUCAGCUGCGUUAUCAUCCAGCGCACUGGCGCAUCAUCAGGGUCAAUCGGGUGGUCCUAGUGGAAACAAUUCUACCCUCACCCGGGGCAGCCGUCGGUCAUCCUUCGGUCCCAGCCAUUAUCAGCAACAGCUGGUGCCACAGGCAGUAAAUUUUCAUGAUGGUCUUGGCAUGGCCGAUAACAUCUCGGUGGGAAGUGGCAGUAUCAUUAGCAACCAUUCCGGCCAACGCUACGUGCCUGACCUCCAGUAUGGAACGCUUAACAGCCGGGUUAUCCACAACGAGCGGUACGUCAUUGAUGACAGCAGCUGUUUGCAGCCUCCAUCGCCGGCACCCAGUAAUGAUCACUACGUCAUGGGGAUGCCAUCACCGUCACCCUCCACACACCACUAUCCGGAACGGCAUUACACGCUUCAGCAGAGAACUAUGAGCCCGUCGAAUACCAGAUAUCGACACAGUUUGGCCGAAAAUUAUCGAGACAUGUCACCACAAUGUGAACGCUUCAUCCCUCCUCCGGCUCAUUUCCUCAGCACAACGAAUCCGCUCUCCGCCGCCGACAGUUAUGGAUAUCUCAAUUCUAAUGUGCACACCCCAGUCAAGCGUUACGUUCCCACACCGCCACCCCAGGAGCCAACCUAUCAACCGCAGACUCAACUCAUGACGGCAAUCCUAACGCAAACAGCAGUUGCUUCAGCACAACAAAGAGGCAAUCACCUCACCAACACUUUACCGUAUCGUUUUCGUGUCAAAUCCUGUCCGAACGAACAGACCAUUUCUCCACCUCAGGGCUUCGAAGCUUCCGAUCAUUAUGCCACGCCACCACGUGUUCGUCCGACAAAAUGUUCAUCUUCCCUGACCGCAAGCUAUUCGGUACCGAAUUCGGCGCUGUCUUCACAGGCCAUUAGUUCCGGACGGCAUUCACGACAAAGCAACGAAUAUCUCAUAGCUCGUACUCCCAGUGCCGAUUUUCUCGAUCAACCGUCAUGUCGAGUUUCUACUCCCGUCAGUGUUAUGAGCGAACCGAAUGGCAGUGCGUCAUGUUUGCACUGUAACACGCUACGCAGAACCACUGGAGUUCACCAAACAACGCAAACCAACGGCCCCAUAAGUCCGCAACCUUUAUCCUUUUCAUCGGCAACCGAAUCAACCGGACGUCAAUCGCCGCAAAGUCCACCAGCUUCAUUAUCUACGCCGAUAGCAACUGCUCCAUCACCCAACAAUUUGCCACAUCCGCCGCACAAUCAUCAGCUACCUUCUAAACAGCAGACGCAGCAUCAUCUGCAGCAACCGCCACACGUUUCGUCGAGCGCCCUAACCACAACACAGUCUCAGCCACAAAUAGCUUUAGAUAACUAUGGUAGCCUAGAAUCCCGAGAUAUUUCUACCAUCCCCAGAAAUCAAGCCAAACAGCAUCAACAGCAGUCUCAACAUCCAUCGGCAAACUCCUCCGAACAGAGCAUCAUGACCAGUAGUAACAGUCGAUCGAUAUUGAUACAAUAUCAGCAGCAAAACAUUCUACAACAACCAUCAGCACAGCAACAAAUGCAACCACCACCGCCAGCAGUACAAACUGUACCACCGCAACAAAUAAUCCCACAGCAAGCACCUCAAAUGCAACAACAACAACAACAACCCGAGCAACCAUCACAACCACAACAAAUAUCGGCACCUGUCGCACCGAUAUCGCUGCCGGGGCCAUCCAUCCCGACACAUUCGCCACCGGUGAGUGAAUCGCCAGCAUCAACACUGCAGCGCAAUGCACAACAAAUCUAUCGUCCAUCCGGUCCAAAUAUAUCUCGGAAGCAGCGCAUCAAGGAGUACAUGAAGCAUGAAACAGCAAAGUUCUUCGGGGUAGAUAACUUAAACGAAGACUACGAACGGAUCAAGUGGGAAGAUCGUCAGAAGCGGUUCGCUUUCCGACGUUUUGGCCAGUUGAAAGAUGAGUAUGAUUUUGCCUACCGCAAUAGCAAUGCAAACAACCAUGGAGGGGAAGAAAAUGCGGUACCCGUCGACAGACCAGACAUACUGCCAGCUCAAAGUCAAGACGAGCGCGACACUGAGCAAAGUCGAAGGCAGCGAUCGAAUCCUCAUCACUCGUAUGACAAUGGUUCGGAUAUAUACAUAAUCAAAGCUGAAAGAAAGCCUUCGGUUCCCACUGUUAUCUGGAAUGGCAUUGCAUUUCUAGUCCAAAGCAUCACUAGAAAACGGACCCGCAAGCAGAAGCAAUGGUCCCGCAGCUUUGCUCCGGCUCACGUCGAGCUUACCAACGAUGAUAACGAGCUUUGUGAUGGACUACAGCCAGUCCAAGACGAUGAAACAUUCUUCGAUACACCGGUUGCUCCACCCACUCAACAAGCUGACCCAGCCCAAGUUGUAGACAACUCUCGCCAGCUGUUCGUAUCGGAAAAUGACCGUGGAAUAGGAGGUACAGCAGGAAGCGGUAUCAUAAAUGGCUGGCGUACGCGAUCUUCCGAACUUCAUCUACAAACUCGCGAUGCCCCCAGUGGUACGCUCGGACAACGAAUAUCUUCUCACAUACUGGAUGGAGUGCUCGAUAACUCGAUGAGGCCAAUAGGGCACAAAAUAAAACUACUUAGACCGAAUGUGUUGGACGACCGCUACGACUACAGACCGUUUUUCACGUACUGGAUCAAUACCGUGCAGAUGUUGAUACUGGUUAUCUCGUUGAUAUGCUACGGUUUCGGACCAAUCGGAGCCGGCAUGGAAUACAAGACGGCCCAGGUGCUGGUAACCAGUCUUAGUUUACAACAGGUUCAUCAUCAGGAAACCCGAAACGUGUGGAUUGGAAUGAAGAAUAUAGAUAUUGUUCAUCUGGGCGCCAAAUAUGGAGCGUGUAUGCGUCGAGAUUCUCGAAUAACGGAAGUCAUCGCGAAAACCAGAAAACAGGAACGAGAGACGGCCUGCUGCAUUCGAAAUGAUGACUCGGGUUGUGUGCAAAGUUCACAAGCGGACUGUUCGAUGCGUGGACUAUGGCCAACCAAAACCAUUGCAACGUGGAAGAAGUGGUCUCCCGGGGAGUCUGGUCCGGGUGGCCGUAUUUCUGGCAGCGUUUGUGGGCUUGAUCCGAAGUACUGCGAUGCCCCCGCUUCGAUUGCACCACACGAAUGGCCAGAUGACAUCACGAAGUGGCCGAUCUGUCGCAAGAAUAAUCAAUUAUCUCAACGUUUCCGGUUCAAGGAUCAUACCGCUGAGCACAUGAUUUGCGAAGUGAUUGGUCAUCCCUGCUGUAUUGGUAUCUAUGGAGAAUGUCGCAUCACUACCAGGGAAUAUUGUGAUUUCGUAAACGGGUACUUCCACGAAGAGGCAUCGCUCUGUUCACAGGUUUCCUGUUUGAACGACGUUUGCGGAAUGUUUCCGUUCAUCGCCAGCAACUAUCCGGAUCAGUUUUACCGUCUCUUCACGUCGCUUUGUCUACACGCAGGCAUAAUACAUCUAGCAAUCACAGUUGCCUUUCAGCACUUGCUGAUGUCGGAUUUAGAGCGGCUUAUUGGACCACUGCGGAUGGCUAUACUGUACAUUGGGUCCGGGAUCGCAGGAAACCUGACGAGUGCCAUUUUUGUGCCAUACAAAGCUGAAGUUGGUCCACUGCCAUCGAUGGCUGGAGUCCUAUCAUCACUCAUGGUACAGCUUGUGCUGUGUCACUGGAAAAGCUUGAAAAAACCGCACGUAGCUAUGAUAAAAUUAUUAGUUAUCGGUUGUAUAUUAUUCGGGUUAGGAACACUGCCCUGGCAGCAGAAUUUUACAGGGCUGAUAGCCGGUUUACUUUUCGGUAUCGGACUAACGUUGGCAUUUGUGCCCUUCGUGAACGUAACGAAGCACAGUAGGAAGAGUAAAAUCAAUCUAAUAUGGACAUGUUUGGUGAUACAGUUCAUCGUCUACGCCGUAAUGUUCAUCAUUUUCUAUGUCUUUCCAAUGCUGUUUUCUUCGUUGAAUUUCAUCGACGGAAACCAACUAACCGACCACAACUCGGUGCACAGCUACCACGACCAUUACAACUUGUACGAAGGUUACCAAAACUUCAACCCCAGCGGUGGGAGUGGUCACAACCAUGGCCACGGUAGCGGAGGUGGUAUCAUCAAUGGCGGGAAUCAUAUUGUCACAACGUAUAAUGUGAACAACAACUACAAGUCACCAACUGGACAUGGUGGCGGAAUCUUGCACAAUCAUCAUGAGUACGGUGGGGGAGGUGGAGGCGGAAUCAGCAUGUCCGGUGGUAUCAAUAGGAUUAGUAGUAACAACAAUAAUAAAAAUAACAAUCUGCUGAAAGGUAUAAGUAUGUGUGAAAAAGGACAGUGUGUCCAACGUCAACCGCGUAGCGCUGACACGAAUGCAUGACGUCGAUGUUUCCUGCUGUUCACGUCGCUGGAGUUACUUUACGUCUUGUUUGUCCUGCUGGUCCUGUACGACGUCGAUGAUUUCCAGAUCAUUUAUCAGUUUAUCAUGUGAUACAACCAACAUAGUGACAAAGUAAUUUAAAUUUUUAUAUCGCUCUUUCCAUCGAAAAUGUGAUCACGAACCGUAUCUUAGUUGAAACACUUAGUUCAAACAUUCUAUUGAAAACGUAUAUAUAUAUUCGUAUCUCUCUACACUUAAAGUAAACGAUCAAAAUCAAAAAAACAAUGAGAAUAAAAUCGAUAUGAUAUAUAGCACACCCAGUUAUGUUUACGUUUUGGUUAUCAUUAAGUCACCCGUUUCCUCUAACUUUACUCGAGAGUUACAUUGAAUAUAUAUAGAAAAUAACAUAGAAUCAAGCAAGCAGCAACAUGCAAACGCAAGCAAAGAAUGUGGGUCAAAUUAACCAAUUCAUAGAAUUGCCCUCAGUUAGUUCGAAUAGCUAUCCCUCUAUGAUAUUAAUAGAAAUAUUGUAUGAAUUUCAAACUGACAAAACAGGAAAUAAAGCAAAACGAAUGAAGGAAAUCUGAUUUGUAAAAUUGUAACAAAAGAAAAUGACACAAACAGACAAGGAUGAUGUGUAAGCUAAAUCUAAUAAAACAUCUAUUUCAAUUUAA